GGAAGACAUGAAGGUCUGAGAGAGAGAAAGGCAAUUAGGUAGCUAGAAAAGGUCUCAAGAUCAGGACUUGCUUCUCACCGGUGUGUGUGUGUGUGUUCCUUCAUCAAUUGCUCCCGAACUUCCCUUUCUUAUAAAUUAAUUAAACCCCCUUCUCCAUUCCAUUCGUCUCUCCAUCUCCUUCAAAAACAGAAGCUUAUAUAUAUAUAUAGAAGGAGAAGAAGAAGAAAAAGAAGAAGAAGAUGGGAGUGGGAGGAACCUUGGAGUACAUCUCCGACCUGAUGAGCAGUUCUACUGGGCAUAAACACAGGAAGAGGAAACAGUUGCAGACUGUGGAGCUCAAAGUCAGGAUGGACUGUGAUGGAUGCGAGCUCAAAGUCAAGAACGCUCUCUCUUCGCUUUCUGGGGUGAAUUCUGUGAACAUAAACAGGAAGCAGCAGAAGGUGACGGUGAGCGGGUACGUGGACGCGAGCAAGGUGCUGAAGAAGGCCAAGUCCACGGGGAAGAAGGCGGAGCUUUGGCCCUAUGUGCCGUACAACCUUGUGGGUCAGCCGUACUCGGCCCAGACUUACGACAAGAAGGCCCCCCCGGGCUAUGUCAGGAAGGUCGACAACCCAACCGCCGCCGGCGCCGUCGCCAGCUACGAUCAGGACCCCUACAUCACCAUCUUCAGUGACGACAACCCUAAUGCCUGCUCCAUCAUGUAGCUAUAUAUAUAUACAAACACUUCUGAAACAGUUUUGUUUUUCUUUUCUUCUCUGUUUGUCGAUUUGCUUCAGUCCUCCCUCCCUCCCUCGUAAUCCAAACCUUUUUCUUUUUUGUUUUUGUUUUCUUUUUAGAGUGUUUGUUCCCUCUACAAUGAUGUAAAGGGUAUUUGUGAUUUGUGGGAGUGUUUGUGGGUUUUAUGUGAAUGGUUUUGGGAGAAAUGCUGGAGCUGCUGUAUGUGAAAUAGAACUGGCUGUCUCUUGGUGUAUGAUCUUUAAUAAUUUAAAUCAUGUUUAAUGUCAAAAGGUUAGUUAUA